AUGCAAGUACCACUGAAACUUCAACUAUUCGCGAUCCGACCGCAACCAGCAAACACACCGGUAAAUGGAAAAUGUGAAAAGGUUAACAAAGACGAUUUGAUCAAUGAGGACGACCGUAAUCUGCACAAAGUGGUCUGCCGUCGCUGCAAGUCGGUCAUCUUCCCGGAGGACGUUGUGAUGACCGUCGAGAAUCAGCCAUAUCAGCUUCGUGUGAUGACACAUCAAGCGAAAGGACCUCUGGCUCAAGAGAAAAUCAGUUGGUGGUGGUAUACUGAGAAUGAUAUGAUCUUCGAUACAGUCGGAUGGCAGACAGUCGACAAGAAGAAGGUGUUGAUGUGUGGAGACUGCGAGUUGGGACCGAUCGGUUUUCGUUCGGAGGACAAUAAGAAGUUCUGGGUGGCUGUUGAACGUGUCAAGUAUGAAAAGUCCUAG